UGACUUCUAUCUAUCGCAACAGUUUAAGUGGGGUGGUCUGUUUGAUUACAGCUGAAGGAAUCAAGACUGGACAGCAAUCUUAACACAAUGUCAGAGGGACUUAUUACGAGCAGGCUGUUGCAGAAUGAAGUGACGGGCAUAGAUAUGCAUGUUCCCCUUUACAAGGAGAUCCGUGGGACCAUGAUGACAGGUCAUGUGGAAUAUCAAAUAAUUGUGGUUACUUGUCUGGCAGCCUUCAAAUCUACAAAACACAAACCUGAGGACAUUGUACAGCUGGUGGUUUCGAAGAAAUACAGUGAAAUUGAUGAGUUCUACCACAGACUCGUUGCUCAAUAUCCGAAGAUCAUCUUACCAGCCAUGCCUCGCAAGGCCCUGUUUGUUGGUGAGACAGACAUCCGGGAGCGUAGGGUGGCCUUUGAUGAACUGGUCAAGUUCAUCUCAAAGAAUUCUCAACUUGCUACUUGUCCAGAGGUGUUGGAGUUCUUAGGGGCAAAAUCCAGAGUAGCAGAUUUGAAAACCAGAAAUGCUCCAGAUUGGAAGGACCAGGACAACGAAGUCUUUAAUUUCUUUGAAAGGGAAGAGGCCCCAGCUGCUUCUGGUAGAGUAACAAAGCAUGUUUCACCAGCAAAGCUUAAUGAAGAGGAGGAUGGAGAUGGCAACGCUGAUGAGAAUUACCUUGGACCUCUAGGCAAUGUAAAGUGCAACAGGCAGAAGAAAAUAACGCAUACAGAGCCUAAAGUGGCUAUCCAACCUCUGUUUAAUGAGGCUGAGAAUAUAGAUGACGACUUGUUUCAACCUGCAGCCAAAGACAUCCAAACAGGCAAAGUUAAGCUGUUUGAGGACUCAGACUUGGCAGGAAAAGUGAAGCUUGGGGACCCUUUACUGCUUCCUACAGCAUACAAGGAUGUGGCAUCUGCAGAUUUAGGACUUGAAGAGGAUACAGAUGAACUUUUCAGGAUAGAAGACAACCUUGACAAGCUCUUGCAGGUGAAAAGUGUCAAAGCAAAGCCAGGUGCUGCCUCCAAACCCAAAAUGGCCCCUAAAUCAAAGCCAGCACUGCCUGUAAAGCCAUCUCCAAUCUCAGGUGUUGCGGGUGUUCCACCAGUUGCUGGUGAGGUGAAGGAUCAAAUGGACAUUCUCAAGUAUAUCCAACAAAACGAGUCUACAGCAAAUGAUGUUUUGGAUCUGUUCUAAUUAACUACUAAAUGAUAAGGACUAGAGAACACUAAGUUGUUAGCAGGCUAUACAGCAAAAUAAUAUCAUAUUGAUUAUGCCUCUGAUUGUAUGUUGAUGUUAUCCAGCAUUAUUUCACGAAUGAGGAAUUGUGGCAGUCAGUGGUGGAAAUAUGGUGGAUCAAAUUAACACUUUUUUACUUUUUAUACUGAAUGCAUGUCUUUACAAUAUAUAUACAAAAACUUAAAGUAUAGACAGCUUUCUGUUUAAAACAGUGGAUCAGAUGUAAAGAGCAUCAGUUAAACAUAGUUUCCCUUUGCUCGUUGCAUAUGAAUAGGUUUCACAAAAUUGGAUCAUACUAAACAAAAAUUCUAAUUCAACAUUUACCAAUUUCAAAAGAUAUGUCAGGUCCAUGGAUUAUCUUGGCAAAUAAAAAUGCUCAUAACAAGGAUGUAAACCAUUUGUUCACAAAAUUUGAGAGAAAUACAUUUGCAGUUUUUCUGGGACCAACCCUACAUGUUGUGUUUAUGUUUUUGUUCAGUAUUAUCUGAUUUUAAAGCUCAUAUGUCCUGCCUAACAAUGUUUUUCAUCAUCACAAAUGAAUUGCAAUGAGUUGGACAAUGGAAUUUUACCAUUUGUUAAUGUUGAUGGUGAUGACAUCAUAAAGUCAAAAAAUAAUAAUCUUAUAUUUUAACUAGGGCACAUCCCAAAUUGUUAAUUUCCUUAUUUCCCUAUUUGCCAUUGUGUAUAGAAAGAGCGAGUGCACCAAGCUGCACAAAUUCUCAAAUUGAUCAUCAACCCUGCAUGAAUCUAUGGGCCUAAUGCGGUUCCAUUUCAGGAAGGAAUGUUUGCGAAGUAUACUAAUGAUAGAUUGAGAUAAGAAAAUUGCACAAAAGACUUUAAACUGUUGUCCAAAACUACACUGUGCAGAAAAUAAUUAAACCAUAGACCAGGGCCCUUCUCAGCAUUUUGGGGGGCAUUAAGCAGAUGUCAAGUCCUGGCUCUAUGCGCCUGGGGGUCACACCCAGGGUGCCUCUAGGCAUCUCUGUGCUCCACAUGCGAUUGUCCCCAAUUAGAGGCUGCUGUCCUGCGUUGCCUCUAAUUGGGGACUCUAUAUGAGUUGGCUGUUUGGGCUUUUGUUUUGUGAUUCAUUGUUUGUAUUAGUUCACGGUGUACCUCCCCUUUUGUUGUUUUUGUCAGUAAAUAAUAAAAGGAAUGUUCUGCUCUGCACCUCAUGUCCUUACCCUCGACUGUUACAGCAGAAUUGGAUUUGGGUGCAUAGUUCCCACUCCUUAAAGGUUUAUGUUAUACCUGUACAAUAACAACAAAUUAUUGAGCAAACAAAAGUAAUGAGUUAAGAGGGAACCUUGUUCGAGGCAAUAUGAUCAUUUAUUAUAACUAGAGACUUCAACAAGUAUGGAACAUUAUUGGAUCACCUAUUCAAAUAUAAACACUGAUACAUUUUAAUUGGAUGCACCAGUAAGACCUACCAAUGCUGAUGUUUGGUCAUUUCUGUAGCUGUGCCCUGUGGCAUAAAUUACAUUAAAAUGUUGCUUCUG